AUGAGUUUUCCAGAAGUUCUGGACCACAUUGGUGGCAUGGGACGCUUUCAAGUCAUGCAUGUGGCAUUCCUGGCCAUCCCACUCUUAAUGCUGGCCAGCCAUAACCUCCUGCAGAACUUCACUGCUGGGAUCCCAGAGCAUCACUGUCAAGUGCGCAUCAUGGCCAACUACACCCAUCAUGCCAAUCUCACAGCCAGCCUACCUGCUGAAGAUCUGCUCCGGGUUUCCAUUCCCAUGGACAGGAGCCAGAAGCCGGAGAAGUGCCAGCGGUUUGUCACCACCCAGUGGCAGCUCCUAAACCCAAAUGCCACAAGCACCAACACCAUAGAGCUGGAUACUGAGCCGUGUGUAGAUGGGUGGACCUAUGAUAAGAGCCUGUUCACUGACACCAUUAUAACUGAGUGGGAUUUGGUGUGUGAGUCCAGGACACUCCGACAAAUGGCGCAGUCGCUCUACAUGGCUGGUGUGCUGGUGGGGUCAGCUGUGUUUGGACGCCUCGGGGACAGGUUUGGCCGGAAAGCCCUCCUGAUCUGGUGCAACCUGCAAAUGGCGGUAACAGGCAUCUGUGCUGCUUUCUCCCCCAACUUCACCAUGUACUGCGCCUUCCGCUUCCUCACCGGCCUGGCCAUUUCCGGCAUCUCGGUCAAUUCUGUCUCGCUGUGCAUAGAGUGGAUCCCCACCAAUGUUCGGGCCAUUGUGGGCACCAUCAAUGGAUACUCCUACACUACUGGGCAAUUCAUUCUGGCUGGGGUGGCCUACGCUAUCCCAGAUUGGCGCUGGCUACAGCUCACAGUCUCCCUGCCUUUCUUUAUCUUCUUUCUUUACUCCUGGUUGUUUGUAGAGUCUGCCCGCUGGCUGGUGAUAUCAGGAAAACCAGAACAGGCAGUGAAAGGGCUGAGAAAGGUUGCUAGGAUCAAUGGGAAAAUGGAAGAAGGAGACAAACUCAGCACUGAGGUCUUGAAAUCCAACAUGCAGAAGGAACUGUCCUCAGCCAAAUCUAGCCAUACCAUCACGGACCUGGUACGCACACCCACCAUGCGCAAAAUCUCCUGCGGAGUCUCCUGCAUAUGGUUCUCCACCAGCUUUUCCUAUUACGGCUUGGCCAUGGACUUGCAGAACUUCAAUGUCAAUGUCUACUUGACCCAGCUGAUCUUUGGAGCAGUUGAUUUUCCAGCCAAGUUCAUCUCAGUCCUCACCAUCAUUUUCAUUGGACGCCGUUUCUCCCAGGCCUUUUCCUUGGUCCUAGCCGGACUGUGCAUCCUAGCUAAUAUUUUUGUGCCACAAGAACUGCAGACCAUGCGCAUGGUCUUCGCUGUGAUCGGAAAAGGCUCCCUGGCUGCAUCAUUUAACUGUGCCUAUAUAUUUUCUGGAGAGCUGUUCCCAACGGUGAUCAGGCAGACCGGGCUGGGACUAGGCGGCACCAUGGCUCGGGUUGGUAGCAUCAUGGCUCCACUUGUUCGGCUGACUAGUGAAUUCUUCCCAUCCCUGCCCCUGAUUAUCUAUGGAGCUGCCCCUAUUGUCUCCGGCAUCGCAACCUGCCUACUGCCAGAGACACACAACGUGCCAUUGCCUGAGACCAUAGACGAAGUGGAAAGACAAUCAAGACAUACGCUCAAGGAUGAACUACAAAUGAAUGUCCUCCUUCAUUCUACAUAGCCAGAUCCAGCCAAACAAGUGAGCUAAGGAGAGAAAAAUGAAGCACAUUUUUUAGCUUUUAUAUCUUCUAUUAUUCUAUUCCUGCUGGAAGUAUUUAUACAGUGCGACUGGCUAGAAAGCAAAAGGGGAACAUGUCCCAACUGCCCUGCACAGCAUCUCCCUCUAGUUCAACAUCCCAUACAGCUCACUGCAAGAAUCCAACACAUGCUGCUCACGCUGCAAAUAUGGGUCAUGGUCUGACAUUGCCUGUGUAGUCAAACUGUCCAUUGAAUUGAGUGUAUAUCGGAAGGGGCUAGUGAUCUGGUCUAAUGUUCCUAGAUAGAGUAGUCUGAGUGCAGUACACACAUUAAGAGGUUUUGUUACACAGCACUGCUUUGAAAAGGCUCCAUUGCUCACCAAUUAAAGGCCAGGCCCCAGCUGGAGUCACUGGAGCGCUGCUGAUUUACACCAGUUGAAGAGCUAGCCCAUUAUUUCAUAAGAUAGGGUACUGAUGAAGACUUAUAACCUGCAGCACAAACAGGUAAAGCAACCUGCUGAACCUCACACAGCAAAGCUUGUGGCAUAGUUAGGAAGAGAACCCAGGAGUCCUAGUGCUACUUCCCACCCCAACUCCAACUACUAUAGACCCUAUUCCCCUCCCAGAUCCAGGAGCAGAAUCCAAGUCCUCCCUCCUUUUGCCAUUGGACCCCACUCUACUUCCAGAAGACAACUCAGGAGUCCUGGCUCUCAGCUCUAACUCACCAGACAAUACUCUGCACCUAGGAACAGCGAACUUUUUGCCUCAUGAUAGGAGGAGAAAACAGAAUAGAUGAACAUGAGAAAAAACAGGCACGUCUCAAAUUUCCCGGGGCAGAUAUUCCUGCAUAGUGAUUGACUGGUGAGAGUCUCAUUAAAUGGUUGCAUCCCACUGUAUCCUGUUAACCGUUUCUCCAACUUUGCACAAUUGUAACUACCUUCUUCUAUUUCAUAAGGCACCCUUGCUUUGCUAUCACUAUUUGUAUUUCAGUUGUGUCAAGGGGCCCCCACUGAGAUCAAGGCCCCAUUGUGACAGGUGCUGCACAAACAGCUAGUGAGAGACAGUCUGUGCCCCAAAGACCUUGCAAUCUAAAUAGAAAAAGGAAUUAUUAUUAUCUCCAUUUUACAGAUAGGGAAACUUAGGCACAGAGCAAUCAAGUUACUGCCUCUUUCUAUGUGGUUGCAUAGCACAAUGAAGUUCCAAUCUCAGUCGUUCAAUAGGUGCUACCAUAAUACAAAUAAUAAUUAAUGAUAAUUGGCAAAUGCACCAGCAGAGAGCUGGGUGAGGUGUGUUCCCGUUUUAACAUCAGUGGCCCAGAUCCUUAGCUGGUGCCAAUCAACAUAGCUCUGUUGAAGCCAAUGGAGCGGCACAGAUUUACACCAGCUGAGGAUCUGGCCCAUGUAGGAUUCCAUGAACAUAAAUUUGCUUUUCUACAGGACUUUGUGCUGCUUGUUAAUAAUGAAACUGUUACCCUUUUGUGACCCGAGCAGUUAAGCAAUUUUGGGGAUCCUGCACAUUGUUUCCAUGAGGAGGAGCAACUGAUGGAGUCAGGAAUUUCUUUUAUGCACUCCUGCUUAUGUAUGAAGUAUGCAGUAAGUCCUGUUUCCCAGAACACAGCAGGAAUCAAACAACAGGAGGCAGUUUCUUGUUCACAGUUCUGGGACGCUCUGUACCUCAGGGGAACAGCUUACACCCCCUCGUUCAUCUUUAUAAAAUGAUUGCGUGGUAUCCAAUGCAAAGCUUGUCAUGUUGGGUGUCUUCGGAAGGCUCAUGAUGCACUGAGCACGGUUGUUAUAGUGAUGUUAUAGUAAUUGUUAUAGUAAUAUUAUAGGUUAUGAUUUCAUGUAUAUAGUUAUGAGGCUGAAAAUGUAUCUUCAUGGCUUAAAGAAAGCCCAGGCAAAAACUCUCCAAGAAGAGAAAGGCAGUUCACACCUCAUCAGGGCAGAUAUGGGACAAACCCAGCCCAGCCUCACAGGAACAAAAGACGCUGACCUAGGCAGCAACAAAAGAAUCUGUUGGACUCUCGAGGGAGUCACCCCCUUCCUUUGGUCAGUUUGGAACUGUGAUGAGGUAAUGCUCACCUGAAUCUGAAGUGGGGUGGGCAAAGCCAAGAGGGAAGAAAGGACAUGAUAAAAGGGAGAGACAUUUACCAUGCUCUCGCUUCCAUCUACAUCUACAGACACCACACCAAGCAACUGAAGCGCUGAUCAAAAGGGAGAGCCUGGCUGCCUGUGGUGAGAAGCAUCUAAGUUUGUAAGGACAUUGAAAGUGUUAAGAUCAGCUUAGAAUCCGUUUUGCUUUUAUUUCAUUUGACCAAAUCUGAGUAGUUAUGCUUUGACUUAUAAUCAUUUAAAAUCUAUCAUUAUAGUUAAUAAAUUUGUUUGUUCUGCCUGAA